AAAUACUUUAUUAAUCCCCGAGGGGAAAUUAAAAUUUUCAGCACAAUGCCAUUCAAGAUCAGACAAACAUUACAGGGAGACAGAACAGGAUCAAACAUUACAGGGAGACAGAACAGGAUCGCUGAUGGGUCUGCCAACUUCCGGCGCCCCUUACAAAAAAGACCACAGGUGAGUCAGGUUGCGGACCAACGCCAUGGACUUCGCCGAGUGCUACGACGACACGGUGUCCUGCCUGGCCAAGGCCACUCGCGGCGGCUGCCGGAGGAUUCUACGGAAGCUGAUCCGGGAGGGCCGCAGUGUGGACUGUCACGACAACCGAGGCUGGACGGCCCUGCACGAGGCGGCCGCCGCCAGCUCUGUGGGCUGCCUGAAGGAGAUUCUGUCGGCGGCCGCUCUGACUGCCGGCCCUUCCUUCAUCAACUCUGCCACUCACGAGGGGGAGUCCGCCUGCUACCUGGCGGCAAAGCGAGGCUGCCUGGCGAUGGUCCGCAUCCUCCUGAGAGCGGGCGCCAACAUCAACCAGUCCACCAACGACCUGUCCAGUCCUCUGUAUGCAGCGGUCAGCGGCAACCACCAGGAUGUGGUGCAGCUGCUGCUGGACAAAGGUGCCCAGGUCAACAACACCCACUCCUCUUCCUGCUGGACCUGCCUUCAUCAGGCUGUUUUCAAGGGACAUGAUGGAGUGGUCAGCAUCCUGGCACGCGUGGCACACCUGGAGGCCCGCGAUGACGACGGACUCACACCUCUCUUCCUGGCAGCACAGCAUGAACGGAGGACAUGCCUGAAGGUCCUGGUGGAGGCCGGUGCCAACGUGAACACGCAGGCGGGUGACAUGGCCACGCCGCUGCUGAUUGCCUGCCAGGAGGGUCACGCCGCCUGCGUGGACGUCCUGUUGGAGCACGGCGCCGACCCCAACAUGACCUGCAGUAAUCAUUGGCCCCAACUUCCCAUCCACGCCGCCGCCGAGUUCGGCCAUUGCAACAUCGUCAGGAGGCUGUUACCCGUCACGGAGCGCAGGUGUGAUAGAGGCGAGGGCAUGGUGAGUCCGGUCUACUCGGCGGUCCAGGGGAAAGAGCUGGAGGUUCUAAAGCUGCUUCUGAAUGAAGGCUUCAGCCCCGAUGGACAAGACUGUGACGACCUCCUGGGCUUCCACUCGCCUUUCGACGCCGCCGUAGACGAGGCGCACUUCACUGGCCACAAUCCUCCAAGUACUUUUCCCAUCCAGUUGAUUAGCGUGCUGCUGGAGGCGGGCGCCCGUCUGAAGGAGAAUGAUUGGACGGGCAUCGUAGGUUUUGACAAGCGCCCCCUGCUGGAGGAGGUGUUGUCCAUCAUGUGGAUCACGCCCCCAGAAAGUGAGGACUCAGCAGUGGCGUGGCGUGCGGGCAAGAGGGUGAUGACGCAGCAGGAGCUGAGGGACAUGCUGCAUGCGGCGCUGGGUGACGUUCUGUACGCCAACUAUUGGCUGCCUCGUGUCCUGCAGGCGGGACUCGAACCAACGUUGCUGCUGCAGCCCAACUUGCUGGGGGAGGCACGCGGUGACGUGGUGAACUAUCUCCUGCACUUUGUCAACUGGUCCACCUUGUCGCACGCUGACAAAGUCAUUCUGGGUCGGAGACGGGCAGAGGAGACGUGGCAACCAGACCCCCACUUUGACUCCGUCCCCAGUCUCGCCCACCUGUGCCGCCUGGAGGUCCGACAACAGUUGGGACCAGACGUGGUCAUGAGGACCGACUGUGUCCAGCAGCUGCCCGUGCCACGGUGCCUGCAGGACUUUCUCUGCUUCAGGGACAUUCCCAAGCCUUCUGACUAAAUGUUCCUUGGCUUGUGAUGAUCAUCAGCAGGUCAAAUCAGAGUUUAUUUCUGCUAUGAAAGUUCAAAUAAAAGCUGUUUUGGUGGCCUGGCGUUAUGUAAACACAUUUUUCAUCUUUAUUUGGAGCAGAGGAAUUCAGUCUAUAGGCAUACUUUGGUAAAAUGUCUCUUUACAAACGUAUUACAACAUACAUCUUGAGACUUGCAACAGAGGGGAGGGAGUGGGGGCCACGGUGGCAGGCUGCAGCUCUUCAGGCGCUGCCCAUCCGUCCAUCACCUCUAAGGGAUUCGCGUCAAGGGCGUUGGAUGGGGGGUGGGGUGUGUGUGUGUGGCGUAUAUUUUUUGUGGAUACAUGUGUGUGUGUGUAAGCCUGCCGCGUGUCUCUGUUCCGCGGCCUUGAUGUUGUCAGUCCAAAGUCAACAACAACAGGUGUGUGUCCAUGAGAGACAAGAAGGGAGUUUGUUGUGUCCUUCGGGAGAGUCUCCAAGCCAGGGAAACAAUCCAAGUUACAAUGUUUUG